AUGCUUGAUGUGGAUGUGCGAUCGCAAUUAAGACAGGUUGGGACCGAACCCGCAUCACUGGAGGUGGGGGGUGAUGAUGGCUAUUGUGUUGGUGGUUUUCGGGACGCCAAGAACGUUUUGGUAGGUGAUGGUGGAGGUGGUGAUGGUGGUGGUGAUGGUGAUGGUGGUGGUGGUGGUGGUGGUGGUGGUGGUGGUGGUGGUGGUGGUGGUGGUUUGUGGCAGGGGUAAUGAGUGACGGCAGUGAGGCACGGGGAUUCCACUCGGCGUUUCUGCCACUGUCUCUGAUGAUGGAUUGGAGCAAGAAUCUGAAACGUCAGGCGAAUAAGGCUGUUGUUCCAGCGACCGCUUCUGCUUCUUAUCAACUAGUUCCCGGAACUCGCAUCUCCCGUUGUAUUGACAAGUUUUUAAGUCGUCGGUAAUUAUUACAUGGACACUAGUACGCGAGAAACUUUUUGUACAACAUGUGCAGAGGAGCGGCCCAUGGACUAGAAGAGGGCCGCGGUAUGCCAAGCUCCAUCAUGUGGCUGAAUUCGACCCUGGCGAUAGCCAAUUUGUCAGCCACUAAACGACAAGGACGUCUUAAAACGAGUGGUUCCGUAGUCGAAAUAUAAUGCAUGACGGAAUGUUUAAUGGGCUCGUCGAACUGCGGAGGCCGGCUAAUAGGCGAAAAUUCUGAAAGAAAAUGAUAAAAGGGAAUGGACAAUGGAAGUAUUGAAGUGCAUGGACCAGGGUAUGAAAUGGUACAAUUUGAACGAUUAGAAUAUAAGGAUGUCAUCGGGCCAAAACGUUUAUGGGACCCGGUAUCAAUGAGAAGACCGAAAAACAAUAUAAAAUCAGCACUGAGAAUGGCGGCAUGAACAUCAGCAAUAACAAAUAUCCACCGGAAAGGACUUUGUAACCCAAGGCCUAAAGUCAGGAAUCGUUGACUAAAUAUUUUACUAGGUGUACUAUUGGCUGUUUGGAGAAAAUUGAAGAGUUUGGUGACUCACGAUCAGUCAGAGAAGGCGGUAUGAGACUGAUGUCAGCACCAGUGUCUACAAGAAAAUUAUAGCCGGAACCCUUGUCGAGACUGUGAAUCAGACGACUUGGGGAGGUUGAACUGACCAAGUUCGCCGUCGUUACCGACCGGCAGGCACAUCUUCCGCCGAAAAUUUCUCGCAACGACAUUGGGAUUGGCAGUGAUGGGCAUUUAACCCAUAGGUGCGGUGGGAGUAGCAGGAACUAUCAGAGGUGGACGGGGCUGACACUGCAGUGGGAUACCUCAGACGGCGGGCAGUGGACGGACUUUGACAGCGAGAGACACGUAAAGCACGAAGCUGGAAAACUUAAGGUAUGAGGAGGUCUUGACGUUCCAUGACAUUCUCGAUUGAAGGCGUAGUUGGCGCAGCCGUGAUGCGAAUAGCAACAUUUACUGUAACGGCAGGCCGGUAGUACUCGAGGAUGCCGUCAGCAGGCCCCGCGGGCAUCUGUGCAGACGAAGAAGGAAUUAAGGCGCAAGGAUAGCUUGGACGAAAGAGGACUGCCGUUGGAGGAGAAGCUGCUUCAAGGUCAAGGCGCGCAGCUCAAUUUCAAAGAUAAGUGAAGCUCUGCAUUUAUCUGGAUAUUCUUAAGUAAUUAAUGCCUGUUUUUUUACUUGAGUCCGUUUUAAAAGUCGUCUUUCUAUAUAAGGUAAAAUUUUUUCCCAGUCUGUUUGACAGUCUGGCAAAAUAGUCGUAUUUUGUAAAAAAUCCAUUGUAGUGAAUCCUUUCUCUACUACCGCUUUCUAGUUUUUGCAGUUAUAAAAUAGUAAUACUUGCUAUUCAGUGCGCUUUUCCGUACGUUGGCAACGUUUUGAUCCUUCUUCUGUAACGAAAAACUUUUUUUGUCUGUGAUGCCCCGCAGAGCACGUGCUAAAAGGCGAAAGCUUGCGGCCUCCCCACCGUCUCUGGGUGCUAAAAUUGUGACUGAAGACAUGGCAGACGCCAGCGUAUGUUCUUCGCCGUCUGCAGAUCUGAUUAACUCACAAAUCCCUUUAGUACAUGUAGAACCUCUCGACCCUUCAGUCGUCCAAAAAUACGCCUCUGCUAGUCGUAGCAGGCCAUCAGCCGGCGAAAUAAUCGAUCAGCUGAUUUAUGGCGACAUAAACAGCACUUCUGAAAAAGUAAUUGAACAAGCUUUUAAACUUAUUGGGGUAAUAAGUUCGGAAACUGAGGAACGAAUUAAACGCAAGCAUAAUUUCGUACUGCGAAACAUUCCGAGCCACUUAUCUGCUAUGGAGGGAACGCAUUUGUUCCUGCAAAGUUGUGGCUUGAGUUUUAGUGUCGCACAAGCUAAGCGACUUCGCUCGCUUAGUCGUAAUGCGCCGAUACUAGUUACCCUUUUCUCCAUGAUAGAAGUCGAUUUUAUCUUGUCGAGUAGGGAGAUGGCUAGAGACAUCUGCCGUAAAUGGCGCUGCUGCGUUUCGCCAGACCUCACACCCCUGCAGCGAAGAUUGAAUAAAAUAAAAUCGGCAAAAACCAACACUAAGAUAAUGACACCUACUGUCAGUCUGAAUAUGUCCUCUACAACACCACCUGCGGCAUCUGCAAGUCACGGCAUAGUCAAUUCCGUAGGGAGUUCGACUACUUUUAAUGCUGACCUCUUUAAACACACCACCACGCCUAGUAUAAACACGCCUCUAUCGACUGCCUCAGCAACCCCUAGUAAGCCUAAGCAUGUGUCUAAGUCAAAGGCAAAUCCAAUUGCUGUCUCAGCCACUCGGACACCCAAUAAAUCCAGCACCAUUAUAAAAUCUUUUCCUCCACAAUCGGCUAACAGUGCCUCAAAUACCCCGACUCAAAACGUACCGUGUUCCCAACUGCCCCCCAGCCCUCAUAUCGAGGCAGUUAGGCCGAAUAUGCCGAUUUUCCCACCGUUUAAUAAAACUCUUGCUCCAAUGGAAACAAUGCGUCCCCCACCCCCUAACCUGUUUCCUCCAUGGCCGUUUUACCAAUUUAUUCCUCAUGAUAAUGUCCAUACUGAAUCAGUUAAUUCAUCCGAUCCCCAGUUUCGUUCCGGCGGGAAUACGUUGCAGUAUCUGCCACGCGGAUUUCCAGCUGAAAAUAAGUUAGCUAACAAUAGUUACCAGUUUACCUGCCCGUCAUUCCCUCCCCCAAGUCCUACCCCUUUUUAUCCACGUCAGAAUUUUUCGAUGCCACAAAAUUUUUGCAGAAGCGGAUGGUUGCAUCCGGACCGUUUGCUCCGUGGGCGACCCUGAAAUGGACGAUGUAGCCCACCUCCCUCAAAAACUAACAGCCUUUCCCUUCAAACUUUUUGUUUUAAAUGCCAGAUCCUUGCUUAAUAAGAUGCCUUUGUUUCAGACUCAGGUGUUCGUCCAUUGUCCUGAUACUGUUUUAGUAACUGAGACGUGGGCAUCAGCCUCAGUAGCUGACUCCGAACUCUCUCUUCUAGGCUACAAUUGCAUUCGAAAUGAUCGCCAAGAUAGUCGUGGUGGGGGCAGCUGCGUCUACGUUAAGCAAACACUUACAUUUUUGCCGUUGGACCUCCCGCACUUUUCCGCAGUAGAAGGCAGCUGCUGGCUCCAGGUUGCACUAAAAAAUAAGUUCUCCUUACUCAUCGGCUGCGUCUAUCGCCCUCCCAACGCCAAUGAAAAUUUUGAUCGUUUACUCUCACAGGCAUUUCAUGCUGCGGCCGACGUAAGCUUUAAGUAUCAACUGGUUGCGGGUGACUUUAAUCUCCCUGAAGUCCGCUGGUCUCCGCCUUCAGGCCCCAGAAGGUUCGAUGACUUUCUUGAGGCUGUGGAUGUCGGGAUGUGGACUCAGGUUGUCGAUUUUCCCACCCGAGGCUCAAGUAUACUUGACCUAAUUUUCUGUAGAGGCUGCUUGCCAUCGUCAGUGUCAUCCCUAGGCCCACUCGGGGGCUCAGACCAUGACAUAGUUGUUUCAACGUUGGAAUUCGAGGCUGACGAAAUGUCGUCCCAAAAGUAUAACUUAUUCCGCGAUUUCCGAUCAACUCGCUCAACUGAAUUAUUAACACACCUUAAUUCCUACGACUGGACUGAGUUCUUCCUUAGUGCGGAUGUAAAUGUUUGCACUGCAAAACUGUACGAAAUUUUGGAUCCGCUUAUUUCUCGUUUUGUCCCCCGUAAGAAAAUUAUUAAUGUUGGGGAUGGGAUUUUCCUACCCUUACCCUUUCGUCGCAGAUUGCACAGACUUUAUCGUCGUUUCCAUCUGCAGAACGAUAUUUCUGUUCUGCCCUUGAUUUGUGAUAUUUUUGAUCGAGCUAAGAGAUUGUCUGAAGAAAAACAGCUAGUCGAAGAGGUCCAGUUCACCGAAAACCAUUCGUAAAAUGUCUCGAAACUUUUCUCUAGAAAACUACGAACUCAGAGAAAGACGCAGUAUCCCAUCCUUCGAGACGAUCUCGGAAAUCCCAUAGUUGAUGCCCAGUUAACCGCGGAUAGCUUCAAUGAUUUCCUGUCCAAAACGUUUAUUGAAGAAAAGUCAAGUUGGCGAACGCACGUUUUCGGUAAUUCUUCCUCAGGCCAAUACAAUUGCAUGAAGAGUCGACCACUCCGCUUCCGGCCAUCCAGUCAUUGACCGGGGCAGUUCUAGAAACUAUAAGUUUCACUCUGUGGGAUGUGACUGUUGCGAUUCGGCGUUUUCGUCAAUCUUUUAGUCCAGGCCCUGAUGGUGUCCCUGUAAGCAUUUUAAAAGCCGAUGCAAACACGAUCUUCCCAUCCCUCUUAUGCAAGAUAUUUAAUCUUGCUCUUGAAAGUGAAACUUAUCCUACCUUGUGGAAGGAAUCACACAUUUUGCCCAUUCCUAAGCACGGCAAAUCUACAUCAUUUGAUGACUGUCGGCCAUUAAACACCCUCCCCGCAGUUUCGAAGAUCUUAGAGACAUUGAUCAAAGAUAAGAUUAUGUGUCACUUAACAGCGAAUAACUUACUGAGUGCUGCUCAGCAUGGAUUCCUCAAAGCUCGAUCUUGUGACACCUGUGAACUCUCUUUCUUUGACUAUGUUCUCCAAUCUAGGGACCAUGGUUUUGCUCUUUACACAGUAUAUUUCGAUUUCACUAAGGCUUUUGACCGUGUUGACCAUGCUCUUCUCCUCUUGAAAUUGUCCUCUUUCGGAAUAGGUGGCAAACUUUUGAAUUUUAUAUCCUCUUAUUUGGGCACUCGUACACAACGCGUUAAGAUUUCCAAUACCAUCUCCAACCCCACACGUGUGAGGAGUGGAGUCAUUCAGGGUAGUGUACUCGGCCCGCUUUUAUUUUGCCUUUUCGUUAAUGGUGUACCCGAUUUAUUUCAGAAUGGUAAGCCUUUCAGGUAUGCCGAUGAUCUUAAAGUUGCAUAUCGAUAUAAGCCGGCAGAUCAUGACAUCGUGCUCGAGCUCCUAAAGAGCGAUCUACAGGCUUUCGCCCAGUGGUGCCGCACAUGGCGCCUUUCUCUUUCCUGGCAUAAGUGUCAGUCAUGGUAGUUGGCGACGACCGCCAACCUCAACUAAGUAUUGAAGGUCACGCAAUAAAUGUGCCAGGGGUUAUGAAGGAUUUGGGCGUAUCAUACUCCAAGAGUCUCAAUCUCUCGGAGCACUGUGCCUUGAUAGUCUACAAAGCACGCAGAACGACCGGGUUUAUCCUCCGAAAUUUUAAAACUAGGGACAUCAGAAUGCGCCUUUUCAACAUGUUCUUUAGACCUGGUCUGGAAUACUGUUCGUUUUCAUUUAGCCUCAUGCGUGCUACUGAGCGGAAGAAAAUAGAAUCCGUUCAACACUUUUUUACCAAGAGAAUUUUAACCCCGGAACACCGACAUUUGUCUUACCAAGAACGUUGCCGGCUUACAGGCCUCGACCCUUUAUGGUUCCGUAGACUAAAAAAGGGACUAUUUUUGCUAUUUAAACUCUUAUAUAAUCACACAUUUAACCCACUCACCUCUUUAAGACAUCAUAUCCACCCACGACGUAACAGUCACCGUGAGGUCUUUUUAUUUCUGCCUCUAGCACGUACUGUUAAAUAUCGUCGGUUCUUUUCCGUAAAUGCAAUUGCUAUUUGGAAUAAACUACCCAUGAGUGUGAAAAUUCUGCAAAAUUAUUCUUUAUUUAAGAGAACUAUUACUCGAUUUUUGCAUUCAGAAAAGCUCCCACAAAUUUUGGGUGCUGAAAACUCUGAUCGACUGUACCGUAGCGAUGGCGUUUGUGGUCUCUGAACACUAUGGCCGGUCUCACCAGCUGUUCCUCAACGCCUCUACUUUGGCUAUCCCCAACUUCAUGAAAGGGAUUUGACGUCCGAUAAUCUCCGAUACCGUGCAACCUCCCCCCUUCUUGACGGUCGAUAUUCUACAACCGCCGGCAGUUUUUUCUCCUGAGCCCUCCAAACCAUAAAAACCACCAUCAACUGUAUUUUUAUCCCUUUCGCUCAGGAGUUUUUUUCACUGCUGGUCGGAUUUGUGUUUAAUCGCUUCCCUUGACAAUGCCUGUAAACUGGCAUUAAAUAAAAAAUUUAUUUAUUUAUUUAUUUAUAUGGUGACAUCAAGAUUUUGGCCGUGCGUCUGCCGCUCCAAACGCGUAAGAAACUGCGUGGGCUUCCCGUUACCGAGGUCCUCCUCGGAAAUCAAGCACUGUAGACGCUUUUGUAUUGAUAGGGGAAUGCAGAUGUGAGCCUCCUUCAGAGCAGUAUAUGGGGCUUCUGUGGACGGACAGCAUAUAAUGUUGCGAAGGUCCAUGAUAAUAUCCAUUUGCAAUGUUGCCGCAGUGUAGUAAAAUUUCGUAUCCUCUUUUGUAAUCUGGAGGCCUGACGAUGAAUUAUUUUUGAAAGUUGUGUCAAAUUUUUUACAGGCCGUAUUUUUGAUUCACUAAAACAAAAGGCUUUUCAUGUCACUACACGUCCUUUGAUCGAGGCAUUCUCACCUUUGAUUGGAAUGCGACGAAUGCAUACUACAUUCACAAAGGUGGGUUUAAAAUAAGUGCUAACGGCUGUCGGUCGGUGAGUCCAGCCUUCAUCUGUAGCAAAGUUAUUAGCAGGAUCAUAAACAUAACCUACUAUAAAGGUCCUCGAGGAUUAGUAUUCCUUUUACAGCAUUCAACAUGAAUUCCGAGGGAGAAAUGUUUUUGACCAAAUAAUCCAUUUGAUGGUGCAGUGAUCCAGCUCGUUAGCGGAGGACACAAGAGUCCAUGUCGUUUGCAUCGACUUACAGGGGGCAUUUCAUAGUGCUCUACACUCUCGGUUACUCUACAAGGUCCGUGAGUCCGGCAUAAGGGCAAACCUACCAGACUGGGUAGAGAACUUCAUGAUCUGUAGAUAAUAGUCUGUGCGCAUUGGCAGUACGAAAUGAUUGUCAGUGCCAGUUGUGAGUGCGGUAUCUCAGAGCUCUGUGCUCGGACCAUUUCUGUUUUUGAUUUAUGUCAAUAUCUGCGUGAAAAGACUUGACUACGGAUGACAUUGAAAUGUGGCGUGCGAUCAAAUGCGAAACUCAUGAAUUGACUGUGCAAGAAGGACUUAACUGCCUACGUGACUGGUCUGAAAAACGGCUGCUGAAUUUCAACAUUGAAAAGUGUGUCGCACUGCUUCUCAAUACGAAGAAGGAGAGCAGAUGGAGAUGAUCAUCAGUACCUCCUUGAAGAAAGGUUCCUGUCAAAUGCGGUCAAAAGGGGCCCUGAAUAAUCACUGAGUCAUCUCUGAAGCCCUCCUCUCAAUGCGUCAGGACGACGAAAAGGGCAACUAAUGUAUACUUUGCCAUUGAAAGAACUUCAUUGGCAUAGGUAUAGACCUGUUUAAAAAUUAAUAUGGGGCCUUUAUUCCCUUGCAGCUGAGGUAUAAAAUCCAGGUGUGGUGCGCCCUGCUAAAAACAUAAUAAAUUGGUCAAAAGGGUCCAGAGAAUGACGACCAAAAUCGUGAAAGGCGUUAAGACUUUAACUUGCAAACGCAGACUUGGUGCACAUAACCAGUUUUUUCUUAAGUGCUGGCAGAUCCGAAGAGAUCUAAUGAAAACCUACCGGAUUGUGAGGAAUCGGGACUCUGCCCUGCACUUCGAGUACUACCUCUCAUUGACCACGGCAACAAACCUACGUGAGAACUCCCACAAACUUCGAGGGAUCAGAUUUCGCCUAGAUGAUCGUAGGUACCCGUUUUCGCAGAGAGUUGUCGGUACCUAGAACGGACUUUUUGAGGACGUAAUAAUCGCAGACCCAACAUACACAUUAAAAAAUCGGAUGUAUUUUUGUUUUAAAAAUAUCGCCCAGAUGGUCAGAAAAGCUCUGUUGCACCAACCAGCGCUUCGCAUAUACCUAACGCUAAUGCAUAUGACUAUUAUUUCAUACUUUACACUAUCUUCCACAACUGCGGUUUGCGGUCCCAUAUUUUUGAGAUAAUGCUCUAUUAAAUGUAUAUGUUGUUAACAACACUUUGUAGCAUGCCCCUUUGAAUUGGAAUAUGGCAUGUGCCGUCUAAGCAGGGUCUUUGUCACACACACACCAAACACCAGUUGUACUUUGUUUAUACUUUCCUGGUAACAUUUUCUUUUUUUAUGCUUUAGGUCUGCCCAAUUGACAGUAACUUCGAUAAGAGUCUGGUCUGUAUUCCAAUUUCGUCAAUCCGCACUUUGUGUGUGUUUUAUUAUUAAUGCUAAAUAAAUACUCGCCACUGCUCUUCACGUUAUACGUCAUUGUGUGUGGUGUGAACUGUCUGUCUCCAUCUCACUUGGAAUAUUACAAAUUUGGUGGCAGCGAUGCCCGGCUCGAAAGAUCCCGUUCGAGAACCCACGGUAACGCCUGACUCACGCCCAAAAAUCACAACGGCGUGCCUCCGUCACCCUUCGCCCCUCCUGAAACCUAUUCCAGUCUUGCCCAACACUUCAAAAACAUACAAUACUGUUCUCGGCCAAAGCCUGUUCUAACCCCACCACCAACUCAACUCUACCCGACAUCUUCCAUAUUAGCCUUCACUCCCCAUCCGAUAAAACCCCCGGUCCUACGUCAUGGUGACAAUCUAGAUCAAUGGAUCUCUUCAACAGAGCCUUACUCGGAUUCGGUCCCCGAUAACGUCAGAAAGACCACGCUUAAAUCACUUUUUCGCCCCCGAACUUGUAAACAAGGUAGAUGGACUGGCGUCCUCUCCCUUCUGCUCAUUUGAAGAAUACUUUGGUGCCCUUCAAUAAAUAUUUCAUUCGGAGUCAAGCCAAGUCGCGGAACAACAGCGGUCCUCCAAUAGAGCCCAACGGGAAGGCGAGACUCUGUUAAGUUUUCAUAUAGAAUUAAAAAGCCUGUCAGUUCGCGCCUUUCCACCCCACGGCGACGAAUGCGUAACGUUUUGUUGCAUGAUGUCGGGUAUACACGACCGAGAACUAACGUUGAUUUUCACCAGCCGUCCACCGGCCAACGUCAAGGAGACUCUUGACUUGGACGCGGCUCGACGCACCCAAUUUCCCUUGGCUCAGGAACAUCAAACCACCAGAGACCCAAGUACGUAGGGUCACCCUCCCAACCUUCCAGGCCGGUUCACACCCUACCACACCCAACCUCCCAAGUUUCAAGGUCCACCGAACAACCCUCACUGUUGCAACUGCAACCGCUUUGGCACAGCCGCCAAGAAAUGCGGCCACAAUGCAGGUAACCAGCCUUUACCCCCUGGUCGCCUUAUAAACCUCCCCUCUGAUUUUAAGCCAUUAACAAUCUGGGGCACAGUGGCAAAUAAGAGAGUCAGCAUUCUUAUAGACACGGGCGCAGACGUCUCCCAUAUUUACUUUAGCCUCCUCCGCGGAACGAACUAAAACCAGUUGGAAUUUCGUUAACUAUAGAUUCUCACUGCUAAUAAUUUUAUCCUCCUGCGUAUCUUCUCCGCCACAGUACCAGUCUCCAUCAAAGACAAAACUAUCCGACAUUACUUCCUCGUGUCCUCCGAACCCAAAUGGAAUGUCAUACUCGGCUGUGACUUUUUAAAACGGCAUGCCCAAGCCAUUACCUCCCCCCAAUUCUCAGUCCCUCAUCCUCAAAGACGACAAGGUAACCGUGGACGGAAACAGUGUCGAAAUUGGUGCAUGACCACCUCUCGACCCUUCUUCCAUCGAAGACAUCCUACCGGACAACAUUUCGGCCGAUGAUCGUCGUGCCCUAUACCACGCGUUGGUGCCGUUCAGAUCCGUUUUCACGUGGGCAGACCAUGCUGUUGGACGGUCCAACGUAAUUUAACACCGAAUAAACACCGGAUCUGCCCUUCCACAUCACCUCCCUUCCCGACGGAUACCCUUUCACUUUCGGAAUGAACUAAAUAAACUUGUAGAAAACAUGUUCCAACAAGACAUUGUUCAACCUUCCGCUUCCCCGUGGGCAGCGCCGAUAACGCUGGUCAAAAGGAAAGACAAUUCUCUUCGACCCUGUGUUGAUUACAGAUGCCUCAACGCGGUCACGGUCACAGAUUCCUUUCGUCUUCCCCCUAUGAAUGACCUCCUAGCCUCUAUGACAGGGAAUAAAUGCUUCUCUACCCUCGAGCUCUCCCCAAUCUACUGGCAAAUCGAAGUACAUCCAGAGGAUCGCGCCAAUACCGCCUUUUCCCUGCCCUCAGGACUUUUCCAGUUCACCGCACUACCUAUGGGCUUGGCCAAUGCAGCGGUGACCGACCAAUGUCUCAUUCAGAAAUUACUAAAGAACCCAUGUCCAUCGAAGUGCCUUGCUUACUUAGACGACGUCAUAGUGUGGGGUACCACGAUAUCAGAACUGCUAGACAACCUUUCAGAGGUGCCAACGCGGUACCAGGAGGCCGGCAUGACGCUCAAUCAAAGGAAGUGCAAGUUUCUCCACACAGAAAUUCACUUCCUCGGACACAUGGUAAGCAGCGUGGGCCUCAGAACGGACCCCGACAAGAUCCAGGGAGUCAAAGACUGGCCACAACCGGUCAACGGAGAUGAAGUUCGAUCAUUCCUUGGCCUAGCAGGAUACUACAGGGCUUGCAUUCCGUCAUACACUCUCCUUGCCUUCCCCCUCGCGAAACCGACCCAGAAAUCCCGACCAUUUAGGUGGAUAACUGAGUGCGAAAACGUAUUCACCCGCCUCAAAUAAGCCCUUACCGUCACCCCCGUUCUCAGCCGUGACGGACCCCCAUUUUUCCUAUAUACAGAUGUUAAUAGUCACGCCAUAGGAGGAGUACUGUCGCAGUCAGACACCGACGGCAGAGAGCCCGUUAUGCAGUACGGCAGCCGUACGCUUGAUAAAUCGGAAAGAAAUUAUAGCGCCACACGGCGCAAGAUGCUACCUUUGGUUUUUUCACCAGAAACUUUGCUGCGUUCCUAAAAGGCAAACCGUCCAUCAUCAGGAUGAACCACUCAAUUCUGGAAUGUCUACAAAAUUUCCACGGACCGGAAGGACAAGUAGCAUGGUGGCAGGAAACGUUGGCGGAUUUUGACUUUACCUUUGUACACCGCCCUGGAAAGCAACACAUCAACGAGGACGCACUAUCGCGAAUUUCCAUGAGCGAGCUCCACAGGUGCUCCGCUUGCCAAGAUCUCUAUGUUAGUGCUCUGUCGAUGACAACUUCGGCGGUGAACUGGGCUAACCUACGAGCCAACGAUCCAGACUUCGGUCUCAUCUACGACUGAUUCGUGCGAGGUUCCAUCAGACUGUCGAAAAAUCAGAUGUCAAGAGAAAACCGUGAAGCCCAAGCCCUGUGGGCCUCCUGGCAAAACCUUCUCAUGAGAGAUCGAGUGCUUUUCUUCCAGUAUGAUCCCCAAUCCCUGACCCGCCUCGUCCUCCCUCCGUCUCAUACACGCAGUGGCUGACGGGAGAUACACCACCAGCUGGGUCACGCGGGACAAGGCAAACUGGAAAAAGUGGCGAGACUUCGCUUCUGGUCACCUAAUCUUCGUCAAGAUGUGGCACUAAUAUGCCCAGAGUGUGAAGACUGCGCGCGAUUUAAUUUAAUUUAUUAAAUGCCAGUUUACAGGCACAGUUUACGUCCCACGCACAAUCGCAGCGCACCGUCGCAACUGAUUUCCAUCGGCUACUCGAAUCAGCGCCUUGGAGUCGACAUCGUGGCCCCUUUCCCACAAUCAGGGAAGGGUAAUCGAUACCUUUUAGUGAUAGUCGACUUUUUCACCAAAUGGACGGUAGCAGUCCCCCUGCCUGACCAGACAAUGGCUAAGGUCGCGGACGCUAUUAUGUGUACGUGGAUUGUCCGUUUCGGGGUUUUUUCAGUUUAUUUGGUAAGGAUAAAAGGCAAAGCCUUUGAAAACCCUAGUGAUAACAUGUCAGCUUGUUGGAAAUAACUGUACACGAACAAAAAUAUUGACUAUUAAAACGGUACUUCGUUCGUUUGAUUAUCAUUGUCUUAGAGAAAAUAUUUGGGGGGUCGUGGGGUAUUAGUUCAGAUUCAGACUGCCGAGGGAAAACAGGGCACACAAAUAAUUAUUCAAGCAUUUCGUGAAGAGUUGCAGGGAAGUAGCCUCCACGACUGACUGAGGGAGAUCGUUCCAUUUAUCCACUACUCUCUGCGUGAAAAAUUCAGAACGAAGAUUCAGCCUAGACAUUGUUGUCCGCAACUUCAUCGAGUGACCACGAAGAUUGGGUAAAAGGUGCCACUGAAACAUGUCCUCAAAUUUAAGUCCAUGCUCAAGGCCAUGUAUUAUCUUGUAGACGAGGAUAAGAUCACCUCUUUGCUGUCUGUAACACAGAGGGAAUAAAUUAAGGCAAUUCAGUCUGUCUGUGUAGGAUUGGCUUUUUAGACCGUUUACCAGCUUUGUUGCACACCGUUGUACUCGUUCGAGGCAUGCUUGGUUCUUUACUAGCCAUGGCCGCCAUGCUUGAAUGCCAUAUUCUAAGUGGGGCCGAGCAAAAGUGCCGUAAACUCUCCCAAAAAGGUCUUGGUCAAAGGUUACGAAAGCCCUUUUGAUUGCAUGCAGCACUCCCAUGGCGUUUUUUGCAGCCUUGUGGCACUGCAGUGUUGGUUUCAGGUUGUUCUGUAUCCAAACCCCGAGAUCCUUCUGUGAAGCUUGUGCGGCGAGCCUUAUAUCUUUCAGGAGAUAUGCCCUCAGGCUCUCAUUUGAAUGAGAGUUGGUUGGACGCAGACGAAGGACGGCACACUUCUCCACAUUGAACUUUAGAAGCCAUUUCUUCGACCACGCUUGCAGUCGGUGCAGAUUAUCUUGAAGGAAUCUCUGAUCAUUCGGACCCUUAAUGACUUGCCAGAGCUUAACUUCGUCUGCAAACAUUAUUUUGCCGCAGUCGAGUUCCUGAAGGCUGCCGUUAACGUAAAGGAUGAAGAGCAAUGGUCCCAGAACUGAGCCUUGAGGCACACCACUGGUCACGUUUACCCAUUCUGACAUAUCAUUCCCGAUACAGACACGUUGUUUCCGACCAACCAGAAACGUCCUAAUCCAGUCCAGAAGAUCUCCCCGGAUGUCGAUGGCGCUCAAUUUGUGAAGAAGACGUUGGUGCAGGACAGUGUCAAAAGCUUUGCGGAAGUCGAUGUAUACGACAUCGACCUCAAGUGUUAUUCCAUCCGACCAAGGUUCCAAUUUCGAAAGCCACCCAGUAUAUAAACUGUGUAGCCGACUCGGCAUACAGAAAACAAGGACUACAGCAUAUCACCCACAAGGCAAUGGACAGACGGAAAGAACCAACAAAUCUAUUUUGUCCCUAUUACGAACUUUCAUAGAUUUAGCCAACAAUGACAUCUGGGACACCCUUAUCCCCCAUUGUCAACUAUCCUACUGCAGUGCAAUGCACAAGUCGACAGGCUUCACUCCCGCUAUGUGGACUUGUGGCCGGGUAUUUCAACUCCCUUUGGACAAAGACACGACUCACCGUUCCAACCAGGCGAUGUGGUGUGGCUUCACAGGGAAAAUCCUCCAUCUGGACAACCUAGUAAAUUCCAUUAUCCGUGGUCGGGCCUGUUCUCCGUCGCCCAGCGUUUACCCAACAAUGUUUACCGAAUACGCGAGGCUGACAACCCGAACACACACAUCGUCCACUUUAACAAGUUAAAGGCUGGUCAUUCCCUCGAACUUCAUGACCCACCUAUCAUAAUCCCUAGCUGGCCGAAUCAUCGGAGUUUCUCCUUCCAGCCACAGAAGACAGUGGCUUUUCGGAAAGGGAGGCUUUGUCACACAUACCAAACUUCAGGUGUACUUUGUUUAUACCUUCCUGGUAACAUUUUCUUUCUUGUUUUUAUUCUUUAGGUCUGCCCAAUUGACAAUAACUUCGGUAGGAGUCUGACCUGUAUUUCAAUUUCGUCAAUCCGCACUUCGUGUGUGCUUUAUUAUCAAUACUAAAUAACUAAUCGUCACUGGUCUCCACGUUAUACGUCAUCAUGUAUGGUUUGGACUGUCUGUCUCCAUCUCACUUGGAAUAUUACAUCUUCAAAGGCACUGUCUGUUACCAUCCAACAUAGUGAACUAAACUGAACUGCCGAACAUAAUUGGGGUUAAGGUGGUUCUGUUGUGCCUAUAAAGAUUACGCGGAGGUGAGGAGUGUUGACCAAAAUCCAGGUGUCGCAAGUCUCCCCAAUUAUAAUGGAAUUCCCCCGCAUCUUGCUUGUUGUGGCUAAUACGAAUCAAUCAUGGCAGCUCUGUUCACAGUCCCGUUUCCUUCCAAUCCGAAUGGCCAGUGUAAGCUUACAUAGUGUCUGCCUAUGUUCUUUGGGAAAAAGAUGAAAAUGUGCAUGUUACUAGCGUGAUAUGGAUUUUAGCCCCCUGACGCACUUUGUCGCCUUUCUUUGAACUCUUUUACUAACAAAGAGAACAUCAGCUUGCAUUGAUAGGUCAUCUACCGGACCAUUCACAUAGGUGACUAAUUCCUUUCUGCGGAGUUAGGUUAUUGUUUGUCCGCCUGAUAUAUUGUCCCAUCCUGUUAUGCAUUGGCAAAGCAAAGUAGUGAGGUCCCGAGACUUGAAACGUUAAGUGUCCCGCCAACAACUGGCACUACCCUAAUUUCAUCGUACCUAUGCACACAGACUGUACUCAGCCUGAAGCGAUAAUAGAAUUAACCAUUAAGCCGUAGGAAAUGUUGAAUAGUUAACCAAAUGCGUUUAAAAACGGAAUGAUAAAGACGGAAAAAAGAGGAAAAUAUGAAAAUCUGGUAGAAAAACUCACAAUAAGGGAAAAAGUGGCAGAAAACAAACAACUUUUGCUUCUUAAGUAGUGCUAUAUAGUCACCAAUGUGCGCAAAGCAGGGAGAUAUCCUGUCUUGAUAACUACUGCUAUCCCUAGUUUACAAAGUCCUCGAAUGGGUAUUGCCAAGACUAAAGCUAUUGUGUGCCUCAGCGAACGUAUAGGUCGGUACAAAAACUGCCCAAUCAAAAGCAUAGUCUGCGGUACGGCUCGGAAUUUUAAACUCGUCUACAAACGUUAACAGCAUUCUGAUUACUACGUCUCGCAGUCCUGUACUUUAACCACGUAGGGACACUUCUGCAGCAUGGGUUCAUAUCUGGCACAACGUGAGGAUCAAAGGAAUACAUUUGAUGGACAACCCAGUCGACGAUGCAGGUCGAAAGGUGAAUAACGCAACCAGUCGAUUGGAUGGUAUUUCCAGCCAAUGUGUACCUACAAAGCUUUUCUGCGAGCGACCCACAGUGAACUGCGCCAACUACUUGGCCAAGAUCCAUGAAGACAGUCUCAACGUAUCCUGUGCAAUCGAGCCUAGUGAACAGGACUCUUGCGUGAUGGGGAGGCUAAUAAGCCGGUGUUAGUCAUGGAGGAUACAUUAACAUUCGUAGAGUAUCGUCCGCACGAUUAAUUACAUCAUUCAGUCAGGGCAGCACAGACGUUAGUUCUCAGCUAGCCAGCCAGCCAGGCAUAGAUCACAAGAAAAGGGGAGUUAGGACACCAACCCAGCCAGUUAGGAAACCGACUAUUCUAAAAGUGGACGUAGGUAAAAUUAGGCUAGGUAGUGUUCGGAGGAUUAAGAGUACAGUGUUCCAUCUUGGGGCCCUCCUAAUUACCCGUUUGGUGAAUGUGACUCAGCGCCCGUAAGUUAACUUACCAGACUUCCCACUGGAAGAGUACACAAGAUUUUCGCCAUAUAUGCAGAGAAUCUGAAAAAAACUUGCUGUAGCAAAUUUGGUGGACUUUUAGCGGACAGCCAUCCUGACCGGUGUGGAGCGAUUGCUCAAGACCCCGCAGCCCCUAAGUCACUCAGCUUUUGCAGUGAGCCGUUCCAGACGCUCUGACCCGAAAUCACAUGACCAAAAGCUCGGGUAUACCUGCGUCCGCACAGAGUCGCAGCUGUCCAUGCGCCACUUGGACGUGCCACCCCCUGCAACCAACAACAUGAGCCACAGGGGCACCAACGCCCGCCAAAUACAAGACACACCUACUGGAUACCAUUUGAACUUAGCCCUCGAGCCUACAAAAGUGGUCGUAACCACUGUCCCAGGGACUCUCAGGCAUGACUGGACGCAGUCAACACCAGUCCUGGCUUCACUAGUGGCCACUGCCGCCUGAGAGGACAACUCAGUGUUCUGUAUACAUUAAAACCCUUUAGUCAGUUUAUUAUUAAGAGAAUGAGGCUUUCGCCCUUGAGCUCCCUUAUUCUAGUCCAUUAAGUCUUUUCCUUACAACAUGGGAUCUGACCUGGCAGUAGUAGUACGCAGGCUCCACACGCUCACUGCUGUGCAGCUACAGACACCUGGUCCGUUUCUGAGCAUUUUUUAGAGCACAGUUAUGUUAAGCUGUUUCAUGCCAGUUCCCAAAUUAUGCACAUCUGAGACAGUAAGACAACAUUGAGGAAACAUUAAUUGAACUUAAAGUCGUAGUUUGAAUUUGAUGUUAUCAUUAUGUUAGCAGCAUUCGGUCCAAGCUCAGGAUAUCCAUGACUUCGACUGGAUAAAACUGAAACGCCUAUUUUGUUUUAAUGGACGCCACUUUUGAUCCCCCUGGACCGCAGCGCUCGCCUAGGUCAUGUACCUCUGUCAUUUUUACGUGACCGGACGGGGGAUGUAAAUACGUCCUUUUGUAGCCUAAAAUCGGGUAAAAAUGUCGGUAAACUGAAAAAAAUUAGGUUUGAAUCCCACCUUCAUUCAUACAUCCGAGUAGUCAAGAGUCUCUAUGAGCCAACCACCCAUCCGUAUCCUGCGUAGGCCGCCUAUUCAGGUCAAUAAUCAAGUUCCCGACAAUGCGCAGUAAGUAUGCGUUAGCUCAAAGAAGUUUUUGAUCCCGUUACUGGUUUAUUUACGAAUUAGUGAUCCUGUUCACAUGCCGUCAUUUGUAAACCUACUUCACUGAAUCCGUUUCAGGCCAUUUGUUCCUACAAAAACCCUCGAGCAGCGUGAGGCGGACUAUGCGGCUGCUAGGCGUCGAAUAAUGGGGUCCGAGUCCGAAGAUCAACCUACGGCUCCGGAAGGGUUUGAUUUUAUGUAUACAUUUACUUCUGUAGCUCUGGGUUGUCGGCUCCGGCGACGAAUACGGCAGAAAAUGGGCCAGCAAACAAAACUACUGGUCCGUCGGACGACCUAGAUAACCAGAAGCAGACGUCUACAAAACCUUCCCAGACCGCUAUUCCUUUAAUGUCCAUCCCCACAGCAGCUUUGUCUAUUCAUGCUUCAUUGGAUCGAAGUCUCCAUGCCAAUCCUCGUCCGGUUAGCGCGGUGCAGAUGCCAACGAAAGCCCUUUGCCAGACGGGCGUCACACAGUUGUCCGCUUGCGGCGCUGUUAGCUCCCCAAAACAACAAUUGCCUGCUUUCGGUUCUAAUCUUCCUCACCAAUCCUCCACCGGACUGCCUUCUGAAUCUCUUCUGUCGGGUUUACAAACUACUAAUCUUGGAUACCAGGCUGCGCCACACCUCUUCAACAACUUCAGUUCUAACUUUUUGCCCUCACGUAACGUGGCAAACGGCGCGGUGCUUGAUGGUACGCAGCAAUCGCAACCGCCUAAUGGCCAUAUAGACAGGUCAAAAACGGCAGCUUCGCUCAACAUGUCGGCCAUGUUGCAUCAACUGAACCUCUUACGUCAGUACCAGCAAAACAUUGCAGCAUGCCAGUUGAUGCAACCUAUGCCAUCCAAUUCACAAGUGCCAUUAUCACCUACCUACCCGGCCGCUUAUCAGCGUACCACAUGCAACCAAGUCCAGAACCUGAUGCCCUCCCUUCACUUCCAAGCGUCACCAUCAAGGUUUGUUCCCUUUCAUUUGUUAGUUUAAGAUAAACAAUUCUCCAGUCAAUUCCAACGUUGGUUUUCACGUGCUUUACGUUCUUAAGCCCAUACGCCGAGUUUAAUUGAUUUGCGUGGCAUCCUGGCCUUCGCUUCGUUUUGUUGGCUUCCUUUCCCUGUGCAAGGGGUUUUGAGCACACAUUUAAUGUUUCCUUCUUCUGUUCGUAGGUUCACUUACUCGUCGGGCUACAACUAG